AUGCCGAUCGAUAAAAUCCAAGUAUCAGGCGACCCCCGCAUCGAGUACAAAACCGCGACUCUCAACGGCCACAACUACUCUUAUAUCCUGAGCCAGCCCAAAUCAGGCCAAUACAGAGCAACAGUAUUCCUGAUCCAUGGCUUCCCCGACAUCUCAAUGGGCUGGCGAUACCAGAUCCCCAUGCUAGUGAACAUGGGCCUGCGAGUGGUAGCCCCGGAUUGUCUAGGCUACGGACGAACAGACGCGCCAGCCGACCCAACUCCCUACGCACACAAGAGCUGCGCAGCAGAUAUAAAAGCACUAGCAACACAUCUAGGCGAAACGAAAAUCAUCCUGGGUGGACAUGACUGGGGCGCCGGUCUAGCCUACCGCAUCGCUCUCUGGCACCCAGAGCUAGUCUCGCAUCUUAUCACAGUCUGCGUGCCGUACGCAAGACCAAUGGAAAAGGAAGUUCAGCUAGAAGACCUCGUCCGCACAGCGGCCCCGCAUUUCGCAUACCAACUCCAAUUCGCGAGUGGGGAGUUGGAGAAGGUUAUCCAAUCCGAGAGUGAUAUUCGCCAAUUCCUGUUGGCGCUUUAUGGGGGACGGAAUGAUCGUGGUGAGGUCGGUUUCGAUGCGCAUCGUGGUGUGCUUGUUGAUCGGCUUGGAGGGUUGAAGAGGUCGAAGCUUUUGGCGGAAGACGAGGUUGAGUUUUAUGUUAGGGAGUUUGGGAGGAGUGGGGUUCGAGGGCCGCUGAACUGGUACCGGACCCGGCAGAUCAAUUAUCGGGAUGAGCUUGCUAUUCUUAAUCGGAAGAUUGAGGUCCCUACGUUGUUUAUCCAGGCGUUGAGGGAUCAGGCUUUGCCCCCGCAUUUGGGUAAGUCGAUGGCUAAGCACAUCCCGAGCUUGACUGUGAAGCAGGUUAAUACUUCGCACUGGGCUUUGUGGGAGAAGCCUCAGGAGGUCAAUGAGAUUAUUGAGGGGUGGUUGAGGGAGAAGGCUUUUACUGAGGCUAGAGCUGAGAAGCUGUAG